AAUAACAAAAAAAAAUAGAGUAAUUUUUUUCAUAUGAAGUUUGUUUUACAAUAUUUAAAAUUGUUAACUGCGUAAUUUGUUAAUUUUUAAAAUAAAGUAAACACAUUGUGACAUUGCACACAUACAUAAACUCGUUGAAUGUGUACGUGUGUUGACACGUUUUGAAUCGUGGUCAAAUAUGGCUGAUCUAAACAAGGAACUCAAUGAGUAUUUACUAAGUAAUAAAAAUGAAAAACAAUAUAAAUUAUCAAUUCCAUCAGUAUCAUUACCAAAACCAUCAUUUAAAAAAUGGCUUGGUAAUUCAAAUGAUGAAGAAGUCAUUGAAAAUUCUGGAUGCUUUGAAAAAAUAGAAAAAAAAUGUUGUCCAAGUCUGACAAGAUUUCAACGUUUAACUGGUUUUGUUAUUUGCUUAUUUAUGGGAGUACUUUGUUUUUCAUUGUCAGCUGUUUAUAUACCAAUUUUACUUUUAAAAGCAAGAAAAUUUGCUCUUCUAUACUCCCUGGGUAGUUUAUUUUUUUUUAUGAGUUUUUGUUUUCUCUGGGGUUUUGUUAGCUAUAUGAAAUCAUUAUUAACACCAGAAAAACGUAUUUUUACUGUAUCAUAUUUAACAACACUUGUUGGUACAUUAUAUUGUGCUCUGCAUUUACAAUCAACUCCAUUAACAGUUUUAUGUGCAGUUUUACAAAUUGUUGCAUUAUUGUCAUUUUUAAUUAGUCAUAUACCUGGUGGUACAACUGGAUUAAUGUUUUUUACUAGAAUGUUUAGAUCAACAGUUAGUCAAACAUUACCAAUAUGACAUAAAAUAUUUAAAUUAAUUAAUAUCAUUUAUUAUUAUUAUUGUAAUUAUAUAAGACUGGUCAGUAUGUAUUUGUCUUGUUAAUAUAAAUUUUUAUUUAUAAAUAUA